GUUCGCCAUUAAAUGUCCUUAAAGGGCUACCGUACUGUGUCCGCGCUGAACAGUAGUAGUUGCUAUGCAACCAGAACCGCGGCGUCUCCCUGUGUCACAAUGGCUGAAAGAAGUUGUGAUAAAGACGUCCGUCCGUCCCAGCCCGUCGUCUCGCAGCCCAAGAAACGCCCAUCCUCCAGCAGUAAGGCUGAGAGGACCAAGAGGGUUGAAGUAAGACCGCAGGUAAAUUCUGCCUCUGGUCCAACAAAGAAGCAGAUGACAGAUGACCUUUUUGCUAAAGAAGAACAAUACAAACUUUUAAAUGCAGAGCUGGAAGCCAAAACAGCAGAUCUAGUAAGACAGGCAGAACAACUUAUGAGAGAGCAGAGUGAAGUUCUGUCAAAACCUUUAUCCACCCUCCUGCUCACGGACAAUGAGGAUGAAGAGGAUUCAAGGAUAAUAAAGCCUCAUCAGGGCACUGUGCGGGAGCCUGGUGCGAAGGUGGUGACCAAAAAAAGGCUCACAUCAUGUGUACAAAACAUGUGUACUGGAAAACAAGGAAAAGAGCCUCGCUGUAAAACAGCAACCCCAAAGGCGUCUCAUCUGGAUGACUUAGCAGCUGUAGAAGACUCAGCUGACUUUUUCCUGGCAAAGACGAUCCAAAACAUAGAGGAAAAGAUGGAUGACACUGUCACUUAUGAAAAUGUUGUGGAUGAUGUGUCCAACGCUGGAGACAAUGUAGGAUCAGGUAUUUCAGAUGCUCAAAUACGAGUUCUGAAGGCCAAACUACGGAUUAUGCAAGAAGAACUGGAUCAACUCUCAUGUGAAUAUUUUAAGAAGGAUGAUGAAAACGCUAAGCUUAGUGCAAAAAUUAAGGAGCUUGAGGAGGAACGAGCAAGACUGCAGAAAACAACUAGCGUUCAGCAAACGCAGAUUGAAAAGCACCGAGCUUUAGCAGAGGAAUCUGACAAAAAAUGUGAUGGCCUUCAACUGCAAGUUUCUGCUUUACACAAGGAAAUAGAAAAUCUGAAUAGAUCCCACAAACAAGCAGCAGCCGUCCACGGCACUGUGGAGGUUCGUCUGAACAGAGCCGUGGAGGAGGUGGAGAGGUUAAAGACUCAGCUGAACAAGAUGAAACAGACGAACAAGGACAAGAUAAGUGAGGAACAUCAGAGUAAAGAAAAUCUACUUGCUGAAAACAAAAUGCUAAAAAAACAGAAAGCAGAACUCAUCGUGGGUUUCAAGAAACAGCUCAAGCUGAUUGACAUUCUCAAAAGACAAAGGAUGCAUUUUGAAGCUGCAAAGCUGCUGUCGUUCACAGAAGACGAGUUCAUGAAAGCUCUAGACUGGGGGAAGUCAUAAACACGGAGAGGUUCAGCACUGAAAGAUAUUUCUGUGUGUUGUGGAGUGAAAGAUGUCAGUUUACUGUCUUUCAGAAUUUGAUUAGUAUGACAAUUAAAAACUUUAGAGUUUGAAUUCAGAGUGAAUUUAGAUUUAGAGAUUUGUCUUAUUAUCACAUUUAGCCACCAGACAACCUCAGAUGAUUUCUGGAAUGAUUUUAAUUAAGAUCCUGUCAGCACAGUCCUAAUAAAAAAAUGUCUCUCAA